GGCCCAGCGGAAGAUCUCGCCGUGGUUGCACGUCAUCUUGUGGUCGCUGAGGAACUCGACGACAGCCAGGAUCCGCAGCCUCUGCUCCCGGCUGAUGGUGGGGCGCUUUUUCUUGGUGGCUUCCUCCAUUGUGCCUGUCGUCGGUUGGAGUUCUCUUUUUUUUGUCCGUAGCAGUGAGAUUGAGUGAGGAAACAUUGAAGAGUGCCGUUUAUUUUUUUGCGACACACGGAUGUUAAGCAUGCCUGGUCGCGCUUGGCGUAAGGCCUUGCAUCGGGUGGGGCGCUGAUCGGCUCCUCAUUGGCCACGCCGCCCUGGUGGUGUUUCCCUCAAUUUCCAAGCGUCUAAUGCCCGCCUAUCCCUGCCAGAAAUGGGCCGCAGCUGCAAUCCUGCGAUGCGGCGCAGUGCCGGUCAGCCAGUGAUCGGCCUUCGAGAUGUUGACGAAACGGCCUGGCUUGCUUCGGUGCUGUGAGGCGCAAUCUCUGGCGGCAAAAACACACUGGGUGCUGCCCCUGGGUGCUGCCCCUGGGCCCCCAGAGCUGUCGCAGUGAGCCGCUCUGCAGAGGAGGGGGCGGUCGGAUUUCACUAAGCCGCUUCCUUCCAGGUUCCUGGGUUUGCUAGAUUUGCUUGUUCUGCUGACGGCCUGCCCACUCUUCUCUCAAGCGUUAGUAUGCUUGGGACACCCAUUGCUUAUUUCCUGACUUCUGAUCUUGAUUAAAACUUCCCAUCCCAUUCUCUUUUUGUCACGCCCCGCUCGUCACCGACAUUUCGGAUAACCAUCUUGGCCAGGCGCCAGAUAUCGGGGAAGUGUACCGCGAGGAUACAGAGACACCAAGCACCCUCACAGUCAGCAGCUGCCCGCCAUGGCCACCUCGAUCGACCCCAACGCGUGGUACGCCAUCUCGGAGACGCGCGUGGACAACGGCACCAAGCCGCUGGACAACACGCUGCAGACCAUCGCCGGCGGCGGCAUGCGCGUCUGGAGCGGCCAGAACAUGUGGCAGUUCCAGCCCGUCGACGGCGAGAAGGACCGCUACCUGCUGCGGAGCUCCAGCACGGGCGUGCAGCAGCAGCUGGCCGCCUGCUACAACACGGACGAGAUCCACCCCAUGCGUACCCGCGCCUGCAUGACGCGCACUACCUCCGACGACAGCCAGAAGUGGUCCAUCACGCGGUGGAGCAGGUCCGACGGCAUCAACUCUUGGAAGAUCCAGAACGUUGGCAACGGCACCGGCUACGCCCUCGACGUCCACCCCGGCGAUGCCGUUUUUCUCAACUCGGACAUAGAAGGCGAGACCAUCAACGGCCAAAAGGUUGGCGCCCGCGUCGCUCAACACUGGGUCUUUUCCAGCCGCAAAGCCGUCGACGACGGUGCCUUUUCCACCAUCUACUCUAAUACACCAGUUCCCGCUGCCACAGAAACGCGGUCCUCAUCCUCAUCCUCAUCGGGCACGACACGGUCGACAUCCACAAGCACCAGCGGGAGUCCCAACAACGCCCCCGCUUCCCCAACAGACCCCGCCAGCAGGUCCGGCUCAUCCACGCAGCAGGAAUCCACCGGGCUCUCGAGCGGCGCAGCGGCCGGCAUCGGCGUCGGUGCCACCAUCGGCGCGCUCGCCCUCAUCGGCAUACUCGCCUUUUUCUUCUGGAGGCGGCGCAAGGCGGCGCGGCGCGGGGACAUUGGCACGGAAAGCUACUACAAGCCGGGCAGCAGCGCCGGCGGGACCUUGCAGCAGCAGCAGCAGCAGCAGCAGCCGUACCUCGAACAGGGGCAGUACCAGCAGGCCGAACUCUACGCCAAGAGCGGUAGCCCAUUCACGCCGCCGUACGGACAGCAACAGCCUUCGCCGCAGAGCAGCGCCGGCGCCACCGCUUUCGAGGCCCCGACGCCGUACACGACGCACAUGCACGAGGCGCCCGCGCACAUGAGGGAAAUGCACGAGAUGCAGGGUUCCAUGGUCGCCCGCGAGCUGGGUGUCGAUUCCAGGCCUAGCAGGGUCGAGACGGCUGGGAACGAAAAGUUUGCAAGGGGCAGGGGGACCUGAAGGGGAGUGGAGUAUACGUGCAUCGGCUUCCAAGUAUAAAUUAUGGCUGUAUCGAUAUUCGCGGCUGCCUUCAAAUAAUACGACGGGUGCGUGUCCCGCUCAAGUCUUGUCAAACCACCAUGGACACAUCCGCGCCGCUCACACAGAGCACCAUCUUGACCAGGAUCCCGUCCGGGCGCCCGUCACCGGCCUUGUAGUUCGGCGUGUUGAAGGCCGGAUUGGACCGGUUGAAGCCGACGCCGACUAUGCUCCCGCACGCGCGCUUCCACACAAGCCGCGAUCCGAGCAGGAUGGCGAGCGCGGCGUAAGCCGGCGGCGGCCGGGAGGAAGAUGGGUUUGAUAGAGCACACUUUAGAGGAAGUCUCGAGGGAGAGAGGGAGCGGGAGGCAAGACCGCCGCGGCGCGGUCCCAAUACGCCAGCACUCUGCGGAACAUGUCCCCUUUUCAAGGCCAUACAUCUGCAGGACUGGCCAGCCGCAUCUUGUGCUGCAUGGAACGUCACCAGUCCUCGCUUGGCGUGUCCAUAGGAUAGAGUAUCAACGAUUUCCCUUUCCACACCCAUCCCGUUGGGGUUGUGCCCGGGAAGGUCAGGUCGAUCCACUCCUUCAACCAGUGCUCCGACCAGUUGUUAUUAUCGACCUCGACGACAAGCCGGCGCAGAAAGUCCUGGUUGAUUCUGUGGAGGUUCUUUAGAUUGUCGAAAGCUCUGCGUCCCAUGUGGCUCAGGCGAAUCCUGCGCAUGUUUGGGCAGGCGUCGGGCGAGAGGAGAAGCUCAUAGUUGACGACGUACGUUUCCUCGACCUCGAACACAUAGUGUUCAACUCCUCUCCCGUUCCAGAUGUUGCCGACGUCAAGCUCGACCUCCUCGAGGAGCGAAAGGUUGGUGAGCUUGUCGAUCGAGGUCGCUUCCGUCACGUACACCCCCGUUCCGGCUCCAAGGGAGCGCAGCUGCAGCGAAGUCGUCGGUGCUGAUCCUCCGGGCGAGAGGCUGUAGGCAUCACAGAGGCGGUCAAGGAAGCCCCACAUCUCCCAGCUUCCGUUCCCACCACAGCGAACAAUCGCCUGCCUGGCUACGGACAGGCCGAGCUUGCGGAGAUCUGGGCAGUUCCGGAGAAUCUGAACCAGGUGGCGCUCCCACAGAUGCAUGUUACCGUAGAUGUGUUCGAGGACAAGGGACUCCAGGCCAGCGAGGGUGGACAGAUCCUGGGCGUAGAAUAGGCGGCUAUAUUCGAGAGAUUUUUUGCUGCAAUACUUGUCGAUUCCAGGUUUCCAGCCUUGUUCGUUGACGUCCCAAUCACACUCAGCCAGCUCGAAGUAAUCCCCUUCAAUCUCUUCCGGAUACGUGAUGUGGACAGACUUGAGAUUCUGGCACGACUUGAGAGCUUGGGGGGCAUCAUGCGGUAGGGGUUGGCCCGCCCAUCUUCGUGACGGCGGGAUCAGCAUCCGUAGUUCCGACAUGCAUCUACGUCCGCAAUAGCACCAGGCGUGGGCAUACUCACUCAAAAGUUUCCAAUGCCGGCAUUUUCCUGAUCAACUCGGGGGCCGAGGCCACAUCGUCGAGGUUGAAAUCGCCGGAAUUGUCAGGUAACCUGAGCGAGAAGCUCUUGGUGUGGGCGAGAUGCGAGCAUGUCCGCGGCCCAGACAUCCUGCCAGUGGUCCGGAUGUCGCACGCGCGGUACAGAAACGGGCUGAAAAUGGCGUUGAACCGCCGGUUGACGCGGCAGAGCUGGGCGAAGAGGGCCGUGUCGCGGUCCAACUGGUGACCUCGUCAACAGCGGGGGUUCGAGAGGGUGACAUUGCAUGAAAUGCCUGUCUAUCUUACAUUUUCAGCCACGAGGAGAAGCAGUUCGCUGAUGCUAGCGAAGGCCGAGGCGGCAGCGGGGGACGACAUGGUCGGGCGUUCCUUUGGGAACGGGGACGGAAUGGCAAUCAGAGGAUUCGUGGAGAGAAAGUACGUGUGUGUGAUGGGAGUUUGGAGGUGAUGCGAGAAAGCGGGUUGUUGGUAGCUGUCUGCCUUGAUCAAUCAAUGUUUUCACUGCUGCCUGGCAAAUGGCCCAGGCGAUGUCGCUGCCUAACGUGGAUUUUUACAUGCAACCGUCGUCGUGAUUGCAGAUGGGCAAGCCGGGCAGGUAGGCGACGUCGGGAUCAGUGGCAUGCUGUUCUAGGUCGAGGGCGCCACGGCGGGCGCGGUGCUGGUGGAGCGGGGCAUGCGCGCCAGCCGACCUGAGAGCACCGGCUCUAGGGUGGGGCCCAACUGCGAGGCGCCGACAACGACAAGCAAGAAGACAGCCAGGACGAGGAAG